GGCCUGAGGCGGCCCAGACCUCGGCGCUGCGCUCAGCUCUUCCGCGGCAUCCCCGCGCCCCGGCGUCAUCCCGUGAGUCCUCCUGACGGGAGGGAAGAUGGCUGCGCGGAGCUGGCAGGAGGAGCUGGCCCAGCAGGCCGAGGAGGGCUCGGCACGCCUUCGGGAGAUGCUCUCGGUCGCCUUGGGCUUCCUGCGCACGGAGCUGGGCCUCGACCUGGGGCUGGAGCCGCGGCGGUACCCGGGCUGGGUGAUCCUGGUGGGCGCCGGCGCGCUCGGGCUGCUGCUCCUGGUACUGCUGGGUUACGGCUGGGCCGUGGCGUGCGCCGGCGCCCGCAAGAAGCGCAGAAGUCCGCCCCGCCGGCGGGAGGAGGCGGUGGCCGCGCCAGGCCCGACCCCGGACGACUCGGCCUUGCUGCGGAGCCUGCGGGGUGAGGAGCCUAAGAAGAAGAACCGGAAGAAGCUACCCGAGAAGCCCAAGCCAAAUGGACGGACUGUUGAAGUGGCUGAGGAUGAAGUUGUUCGAACUCCUCGAAGUGUGACCGCAAAGCAGCCGCGGGAGGCAGACAAAAAAAAUGAAAAGUCAAAGAAAAAUAAGAAGAAAUCAAAGUCAGAUGCUAAAGCAGUGCAAAACAGUUCACGCCAUGAUGGAAAGGAAGUUGAUGAAGGAGCCUGGGAAACUAAAAUUAGUCACAGAGAGAAACGACAACAGCGUAAACGUGAUAAGGUGCUGACUGAUUCUGGUUCAUUGGAUUCAACUAUCCCUGGGAUAGAAAAUACCAUCACAGUUACCACCGAGCAACUUACAACUGCAUCAUUUCCUGUUGGUUCCAAGAAGAAUAAAGGUGAUUCUCAUCUAAAUGUUCAAGUUAGCAACUUUAAGUCUGGAAAAGGAGAGUCUACACUUCAGGUUUCUUCAGGAUUGAAUGAAAACCUUACUGUCAAUGGAGGAGGCUGGAAUGAAAAGCCUGUAAAACUCUCCUCACAGAUGAGUGCAGGUGAGGAGAAGUGGAACUCUGUUCCACCUGCUUCUGCAGGCAAGAGGAAAGCAGAGCCUUCUGCUUGGACCCAAGACACCGGCGACACUAAUGUAAAUGGAAAAGACUGGGGAAGGAAUUGGAGUGACCGUUCAAUAUUUUCUGGCAUCGCUGCUUGGUCUAGUGUGGAUAGGGGAAUGAAUACCUCUGAACAGAAUUCUGCUUCUUUUGCAUCUCUCACACUUAACUCUGCUGUUUCUGGGUCUACUGCUGAGCCAGUUUCUCAGUCUACCACUUCUGAUUAUCAGUGGGAUGUUAGCCGUAAUCAGCCCUAUAUCGAUGAUGAAUGGUCUGGGUUAAAUGGUCUGUCUUCUGCUGAUCCCAGCUCUGAUUGGAAUGCACCAGCAGAAGAGUGGGGGAAUUGGGUAGAUGAAGAAAGAGCUUCACUUCUGAAGUUCCAGGAACCACCUCCUGAUGAUCAAAAGGUUUCAGAUGACGAUAAAGAAAAGGGAGAGGGAGGUCUUACAACUGGAAAAUCUAAAAAGAAAAAGAAGAAAAAGAAGAAGCAAGGUGAAGAUAACUCUCUUGCACAGGACACAGAAUUAGAAAAAGAGAUUAGAGAAGAGCUUUCAGUGAAUACCUCUAAAGCCCGUCCAAAACAAGAAAAAGCUUUUUCCUCGAAGACCGUGAACACUAGUGAUCCAGCCGAAGUACUGGUCAAAAAUAGCCAGCCUAUGAAGACUCUUCCACCUGCUGUUCCCACCAAGCCAUCUGUUCCCCCAGCAAAAAGUGAUUCUGACAAGAGCUCUUCCCAAGUGCCACCGAUGCUGCAGGAGACCGAUAAGUCCAAGUCAAAUACCAAGCAAAAUAGUGUGCCUCCUUCACAGACCAAGUCUGAAACUAACUGGGAAUCUCCCAAACAAAUAAAAAAGAAGAAGAAAGCCAGACGAGAAACGUGAAUUUUUUUUCCUGAAUUGGGCAUGUGUUUGCAAACACUGUCUUGAAGAUGAUGCUGUUUAUGCAAUAAUUUGUGAACAUGUACAGAGUUUUACAUAAAUUUAAACCAAUUUUUAAAACAAAACUGUGAACACAACCACCAUAAAAAUGGAAUCAAGGAAAGUUAAUUUAUGAAAUUAAGAGGUCAGCAGAAAAUACUACAGUGCGGGAAGACACUUGGGAAAGACUCUUCAGCUGAAGGAGAAUGCUGUUAAGUAAAGAGCACCCUCCAGGGUUUACAGCAGCUGCGCCCUGUCUGUCCACAGUGUGGGGCGACAGGUUCUGGCCAGAGGGGCCACCUAUGCGUUCAAGGUGACUCCUUGGAUCUUAUGCACAGACUUUUACCAUUGAGAUCUGUUUUAUGCUUAAAGUGCUUUGAUCAAAUACAUAAUCUGCCAUAUCUUUACAUAUUUGUUGGUAACAGUUUCUAUUAAAGGAAUCACAAGUGCAAAUAAGUCAUUUAUCAUUUAUGUAACUAAACUGUCAUGGUUUAGUUUACAUUUUUAAGUUCUUAAUUGAAAAUGCAAUUGACCCCUUGUAUGGCAUAUGAAGUUAUUUUUGAUAGUCUUAUAUUACUUGAAUUGUUCAAAGUACAGUAUAUUUUAAAUUAAGGGUAAACUAUAUGUAUUUGUUUUAUAAUUUAAGAUUCAAACUAACAAAUAAUGCUCUUGUUUAUGAUUUGAAAACUUGCAGGCUAAAUCUAAGUUUUUCUUUCCCUACCAAUUACUUUUCUCCAGUGUCAAUUCUUAGUUGCUAACAAUUUUUUGACUUUAAAAAUGAAAUCAUUCACAAACUUUGAGUAUAUGGUGGAGAAUGACAACUAGAGUGAGACAGCUUUAAUUGACAUUGUCAAGACCUCCAGUUAUCAGGAAUACACUUUUUUACUGCCUUAACCUGUAGUGUGUAGAAUAUGCAUCAAUUUCUUGAAGAGGAUUCAUGUUUUUAUAAGAAUUUUCAUGUAAUUAUUGCAAUUGUGGUCAAAUAAGGAACGUUUUCUGCUUGAAACUGUAUUGAUUUAAAUGAUGUGUGAGAUGUUUCACCAUUUUCAGGCACUGUGUAAUUCUAUUGUAAUAAACUGGCAGGUAUCUUUGUAACUAUAAAUAGUGCAUGCUCGGCCAUGUACACUGCAAAUAGCCUUUACCAAAUGUGUUUGACAAGGACCAUAAUUAACAUCACUUAGUGAGUUGUGAUAAAGAAAAAAGCCAUGAUUUAUUUGAUGUGACUGGCUUAAUUGUUUCUGUGUGGCGCCGAGAAUGAAACUGUUUAACAGCUGUAACCAAUGGUACUGAUCUAUCCAUCCAAUGUUGUCUUUAUUAUAUUUGAUUGUGGUUUGAUAGUAUUACAUUGUCAGACUAGGAAGGCUGAAGAAACAGUGGUUUUAGUUUUGCUGAAGACCGGCCUUAUUCACGGACAGCUUUCCUAACAAGCAGUUACUAACUUUUAUCAGGUGUUAACAUCUGUUCAGGAACAUGGCAGUAUGUUUACAUGUCAGAAGUUUUGUUUAAUUCUAUGGUAUUUCUAAAUCGAUUUGUUAAAAUAAAUUCAGCAAAUGGA